AUGGGAGAUCUCUCCAGCUGCUGUGCGCUCUGCCCCCUCACCUCCCUGCUCCUUCUCAUCCAGCUGCCCACUGGGGGGUCCGCAGUGGGGUUCUUCGUGACUGGCCCCUUGGAUCCCAUCGUGGCAGUGCUGGGCGGAGACACCGAGCUGCCGUGUCAUGUGUUCCCACCCAUAAGUGCAGAAGACAUGGAGCUGAGGUGGUUCCGCUCCAAGUCUUCAGAAGCCGUGUUCAUCUAUCAAAACCGAGUCGAGCAGAAUGAGGGGCAGAUGGCUCGUUACGCAGGGCGGACCUCGCUGGUGAGCGACUUCCUUGCCCAGGGGGAGGCUGCCGUACGCAUCCAGAGGGUCCAGGUUUCAGACAAUGGGCUGUACACCUGCUUCUUCAGAAAGGGAGGCUUCUACGAAGAGGCGAGUUUGGAGCUGAAGGUGGCAGGUGUGGGCUCUGCCCCUCAGGUGCGCAUCACAGGGCCCGAGGAGGAUGGGGUCCGUGUGGUGUGCACGGCCUCAGGGUGGUUCCCGAAGCCCCAGGUGCAGUGGAGAGACCUCAGCGGAGAGAAGUUCCCGGCGUCCUCCGAGGCCCACAGCCAGGACGCUGAAGGGCUGUUCAGCGUGGAAGUGGCUCUGGUGGUGAGAGACAGCUCUGCAGGGAACGUGACCUGCUCCGUCCUCAACACUGUCCUGGACCAGGAGAAGGCCAUGGCGAUUUUCAUCCCAGAGCCCUUCUUUCCCCAGGCCUCUCCCUGGAAGCUGGCUUUCUUAGUGAGCCUGACUGUGCUGAUGGCCCUGCUCCUUGGGGCUGGAUAUUACACCUGGAGAGAACAUUUCAGGAAGUUGCUGGUGAUGCAAGAAAAGGAGAAUCUGCACCUGGAGAAGGAGCAGGACUGGCGGACGAAGGAGGAGGUGCUGAAGGACACAGAUGAACUCCGGACAGAACUCGGCUGGAGGAAAUCAGCUUACCUGGCUGCCUGGAGGAAGGCCCAGCUGUAUGCAGGGCGCUGUCAGGGUUAG